GCAGAGUGCUAUUGUUGAAAACAACAAUAAAGAAGCUAUGAAAACAUUUCUAACUUCAUUGUAUUCUUGAGAGUCACCAAGCCAUAGCUAACUGUUAAUUAACUGUUUUUAACAACUACCUAACUUUAUCAGUAAAGCUACUGAUGAAAUACUCUUAACAGCUAUAUAGAAAGAGCUCGGGGAAACGCUACAACCAAUAUUACAUCAAGUUUGUAGAGAAACUAAUUAAGCAAAAAAUGGCAGCGGAAAAGGUUCUUCGGAUGAACCCAGCUGAUCAUGAAAUUAGCUAUGCUAAUAAUUCAUUUUAUCAGAAAGAAGUAUUAAUGAAGGUAAGGCCAAUCGUUGAAGAAGCCAUCACAGAUAUGUUGAAGAAAAUUGGUGUUCCAACUUGUAUGAAGAUGGUAGACAUGGGUUGCGCCUCAGGCCCUAAUACCUUCCAGGCUAUAUCUCACGUUAUAGACACCGUCCAUGGGUUAUGUGAACAACAAGGGUUGAAAUUACCCGAGUUUGAAGUGCUUCUAAAUGAUCUGCCAGAGAAUGACUUCAACUCAGUGUUUAAGUCAAUUCCUGAUUUUUAUAAACAAAAAGGAGAUUUGGUUCAGGAAAGGUCUUUCAUAGGAGGAGUUGCAGGUUCUUUCUACCACAGACUCUUUCCAAGUACAAGCCUGCACUUUGUACAUUCUUCCAAUGGGCUUCAUUGGCUCUCAAAGCUCCCAGUUGGGCUAGAGAACAACAAGGGUAACAUAUGCAUGGCAAGAUCAAGUCCUCCCAACAUAUUCAAAGCUUAUGCGAAUCAAUUUUGGGAAGACUUCACAAAUUUUCUAAGUUCACGCUCCAAAGAAAUAGUACGCCAAGGUUGUAUGGUGCUAACCUUCAUGGUUAGGAGAAACCCAAAUCCCUCCCACGAACAUCAUUGUUUGGAACUUCUUGCUAAAUCCCUUCUUGACUUGGUUGCACAGGGAAUUGUAAAAGAGGCAGAUGUGGAUUCGUUCAACCUUCCUAUAUAUCCACCUUGCAAAGAAGAAGUGGUUGAUAUUGUUGAGAAGGAAGGGUCGUUUGAGAUUAAGCAGCUACAGGUUUUCGUAAUGGACAUCGAUCCUCUAAGCAGAGAUGAGAAGGUUCGUAACAAAGAAUUUUAUAUGAAAAUGGGGAACAACAUUGCAAAUACUUUCAGAGCUGGUUUAGAACCUAUUCUCUGCGGUCAUUUUGGAGAUGCUAUACUUGAUGAGUUGUUCCGGAAGUUUGCGUCACAUGUAGCGGAUGAUCCAAAUAGGUCAAUGCAUCAGAUCGUUAACCUCGUGGUUUCAUUGAUAAAAAAAUAGUUUUUAGUAAAGGCACUUAAAAAUUAUCAGAGGAUCUGAAUCACCGCAUCAGGUAAAUAUUAUUUACUUGACCAAUAUCAUCUUGAAAUAAAAUUAUGAAGCCCUCAUAAUAAAAUUUGAAUCUAUGUUAUUCAAUUGGUAAAUAAGAGUUCAUAGUUACUCCA